AUGAGAUCAUUGUUGUCAGUGGUGCAUAAGAACAAAAUUCUAUUUUACUCAACGGAAUAUUCCUUAAAAUGGACCAUUCUUCCAUUCUGCUCUUUCUUUUCUGCUCCGCUCUCCUAUAGGAGCAGAUACUCAUGAUGAGUGUUUUCUCAUCUCAUUAGAGCAGGAGGAAGAUAAUAGUAAGAAGCUAAAUAGAAAAAUAAGGCAUCAAGGAAAGAAAAGCAAGAUGAGACAGGACAAAGUUGCAUCUAAAUGUCCUUUAAUUGGUGUGAGGAGGGGCUUCUAAUGACCAUAACUCCAGUGAUGUGGCUCAUCAAACGGUUUAAGGACGUUUUCCAUCAUGCUGUUGUCUGAGCAACAUGUCAUGUAUUCAUCCCACGCUCUUCACAUUCCCAGGAUCAGCUGUGUCUAAAACAACUUCCUGUCUUGUGUGGACGCCGUCAGCCUUGCUGAGUUUGCUUCCCUCUGCGUGACUCAACGCCUGCCCUUGGGAAGACCGUUCCUCACUGGGCUGGGUUCAAUCCCUGCUGGCGCGUUACUGCGCUCACACAGCACACACACCACCUGACAACCUCGUAAAGCCCCGGCACUCAGGCAAAAGAGGGUUUGGACUGGAGGUUUACAAGUUUGGAUGGAAUUCUCAAGCAUUGCGGGUCACUGGAGCAUAAGGGAAGUAGUGCUCAUACCACCUCAGCUUUAAUCAGGUCUAAAUGUCACAUCAACCACAGAUGUGCAUUCCAAAUGUGAAAAUAAUGAGGUGGACAGAACCGAAAAACAUUUUUUAACCUCUCAGAGGGAACCUUGGUAUGUUUUACUAGUUUGGACUUAGACCAUGCCGACCUUACAUUGCUCAAAAUCCUUUACAUCUCCUCAUAACAAUUUUUUACAGCACAGAGGGUGGAAUCUCACAAAAACUAUGUCCUAAAAAAUGUCCUAAUCACAUUUUUACCAAAAAAAUAUUUUUUUUAUAAAUACUAAAUGGAAAGUUUUUUAAACUUCUCCAGACAUUUCACUUUUUUGUAUAUUUUACAUUAAAUUCUUGUAACUGUAAUACAGUAUUUAAAUUUGACAGUAUUUUGCUUAUUUAAAUCAUUAAUAAUAAUUGUAAUUAUUAUUAUAAUUUAUUUUUAUUUAUCCAUUUAUAUUAAUUAUAUAAUAUAACAAUUACACACCCACACACACACACACACACACACAAACACACACAUAUAAUCUUAUAUAUAUAUAUUUAAUAAUGAUGAUUACCUUUUCAAGUAAAAUAUUAUUUAAUUGGUUUUGUAAGGUUCACCCACUGUUAAUAGAAACAUAUUGACAGCCAACUUAUGUAACAUCACAACCAGAACUAAAAAAGCUCUCAAGAGCGAUUUAUGAAUCUGGCCAAUAAGGUAAGACUAAAGCCUGACAGAACUCCUAACCACUGAAUGUAAGGAUAUUCUGCCUUUACAAGAAGCGGAGAUUUAAGACAGAUACCCAAAAGCAGUUAGAGAAGAUGGCAACAGGAGACAGGAAGUUCCCCCUGUGUGAGGAGUCCAGUAACUUCUAAUAAAAAAAGACCAAUAUAUGGCGCUUCAUUUAGUGUCCUUGGGUUUCAUGUCAUCUCAGCAAGAGAAACAUAGUGUAUGACAGGUGAUGUGGGGGAAAGAGCGGAGGAGAAGUAGGGCUGAGGCCUUCACUUUUCAGGGCCCCUCUGUAGAUACUCUUCUUUCAUCUGUGCACCUGUUUCUCAUUUCCUGGUCCUCCAGAACGGCUGUCAGAAUUCGUCAGAAGACCAUUCCUCUGCCGUCCUCCAAAAGCGUGCCCCAUAUACUCUUAAAGCGUGAAAGAGAACAGAUGCAGAGGUCGAGCGAGGCCUGACACAUGCUGAGAGUGACAGACGGACUUAACUAAUUGGUCUAAACAGACGAGGUGACCAUUAAACAUGCUUGAGUCUGCACGGCCUGAUGGGUCCACUUACAGAAAUGCUGGAGUGGCUGUCACAGCGUCUGAAAUGGAUUAAAUCAUGCUGAUGGAGGAACAGAGCUGCUCUGGAGAAGAGGAGGGCUCUAGGGAGAAAGGUGUGCUCUACAGAUGGCAGGGCUAUUUCUGCAGGGUGACCCCGGAGAGACUCCUGCUGUCCAGGCCAGUGCUACAUGCUGCACUGGGCACUUCACAUGGACUUCUGCUGACAGAAGAUGGGCAUGUGUAUAAUUUUGGCGAGCAGCCUUGGAAAGGAGUCGACUCUCAGCCUGCUGGCCCUGUUAUAGAAAGCGUCCUGAGCGGUCAGCGUGUGAUCUCUGUGUCAGCGGGCAGCUUUCACUGUUCUGCUGUAACGGAGGAUGGACUCAUCCACAUGUGGGGGGAGAACUCUCAUGGCCAGUGUGGCGUCUCUGGAAUGGACCAGGUAUCCAGUCCCACUGCCGUUAGUGUGGUGGAUGGCGAGAUCCAUCCUCCGCAACUGGUCCGAAUCCUGAAUGUAGCCUGUGGAGCGCAGCACACUCUGGCCCUGUCAAGGAAGCAUGAGGUGUGGGCCUGGGGUAGCGGCUGCCAGCUGGGACUAGUCACCAGCGUAUUCCCGGUAUGGGAACCCCAGAAGGUGGAGCAUCUUGUGGGAAGAUAUGUGGUUCAGAUCGCUUGUGGUGGGUUUCACAGCCUGGCUCUGGUUCAGAUUCUUUCUCCCCCAGAGGACAGUCAGCAGGCUCAGGAUAGAUGUGGGCAGUGUAAGAAGAGCGUUUACACUAUGACUGACAAGGAUGACCAUGUUAUCAUAUCUGAUGAUCAUUACUGCCCACUUGGAGUGGAACUGACUGAUUCUAAAGAAGGUCGAAGGUCAGGGCAGAGUUCUCCAGCCCAGACACCACAAAGCAAAACCUCCUCGCCCCACUUCGAAGUAUCCCCGUUGACCUUGAAGAACAUCUGCGAAGACCCAGGUCUUUCAGUCAGAUCUCAGCAAAAUACAACGAGCCAGGAGUCUACACCAGUCCCUGUUUUAUCUGAAACCGGACAUCCAUGUCUACGCCGAACCAAAAGCAAUCCCUACCCGGAUGAGCAAGCUCUGACAGAGUACCUCAAAAGAAUUUCAGACCAGACCCUCGCUGAGCAGGCCGAGGCCGCCUCUUUGGGAGGCUCCCAUCCACCAAGCCGUCAGACAUCACUUACAUGUCCUUUCCGAUCCGACCAAAGUGAUGAGCUUCCACUACGUCCCUCUUCACCAGCACUGAGUAGAGCUGAUAUCAGAUACACAGAACUCUGUGCAUCAGAUACUGUCACAGACCAGAUGCACUCUCUCCAUUUAAUACCAACACUGGAUUCUACUUCUGAUGAUUCUUCACAGCACUCCGGUGUGGAUGGAGACGUUUGCAUCAGUGACCAAGUGAUUAGCAAUGGAUGUUUAUUUGAGGCCUGUGAGGAGGGAGGAGAGGCCGCUGGAUUGGACUUCUGUCCAGCAGAUCCUCUUCAAGGCAAGAAAAGCACCAGUCUGAUGGACAUCACGUUAGAGGACACUGAAGCACGUAAUCGCGGAGGGUCUUUACCUAACUUCUCUCCAGCGUUGCCUUCUGGCAGUCAUCAAACCAACCAUUUAAGAGCUGUAGUAGGUACCUCUGAGUCCAGAAAUCUCCUUCCUUCCCUCUACACUGAGGUGUGGAGCUGGGGGAGGGGCCAGGAAGGUCAGCUAGGUCAUGGAGACCAUUUGCCCAGGUUACAGCCUCUCUGCAUCAAGAGCUUAAGUAAAAAGGAAGUUAUCAAGAUCACUGCUGGAGCAAAUCACUCAUUGGCACUGACAGCUCAAUGCCAGGUUUAUUCCUGGGGAAGUGACAAGUUUGGACAGCUUGGUCGUAUAAAUGCUCCUAGCACAGUUCCCAAUCUCACCAUGUUUUCUGAGGGUAUCCGUGUGUGGGACGUGGCAGCAGGGCAAACGCACACUCUGCUGCUGGCUGAUGGAGAGCGUUAUCAGCCCAUACUGUACUACAGCGGAGAGCAGGUGCUGGAGAACUCUGACAGCGCUCAUCCCCUCUCCGGGACCUGCACCCAGACGCCCACCCUUCUGCCCUUCUGCAUGAAUAUUGGCUAUGUGAGUAAAGUGUUUGGGGGAGGGCUGAAUUGUUUGGCUUUGGCCGAUCAAAACGCGAUGGGUUUCAUAGCUACAAUCCACGAACUGGCUUCAGCAGAGAGGAAAUUCUUCUGCACCCUCAGUAAGGUGAAGAGUGAAAUCCUGAGCCCCCUUCUAGCCCGUGCAAGUUUGGCCUUGUCUCUGGGUCAGUCCUCCAUGUUGCUGUUUCAAGAGAUGGCUGGUAGUUUCAGCAAGCUUUGCCAUCUGACAGGACAGCACACCGUAUCCCUCACCAACUUCCUGCAACGAGGCAAAGUGAUCAAAACACUGGUCUUGAUCAAGAACACAGGCAUUUUCAUGGACACAUAUAAAGAGUACAGCGACCCAGUAGGAAACUUUCUUGUUAUGGGAGGAUUCCAGUCAUUGCUGAAGCCCUUACAAGAAUCCUUUGGGAAGAAACUGGAAUUGAUACAGUCUCUGCUAGAGUCCAAGGAGAAGAAUGCCUCACCCUAUGAUCUGUUAGUCAACUUGUUUUAUAUGCCCUUGCAGCACCUGCAUGGGUAUAACAGAUUGCUUCUAAAACUAGCCCACUGCUUUGAAGUGAACACUGAGGAGUAUGAUUGGAUUCAAAAUGGCUGCUCCAAAUAUGAAGAUUUAGCUCGCCUUGUCAGCAAGCAGAGGAGAGAUGCUGAGGCCACUUUCAAUUUCUGGAAGAACUUCAAAGGGAAGAAUUCGGAAUCCCUGCGUAAGCCGUCUCGUCGUCUGGUUUGUGAGAGCAGUAAUAAAGCUCUGACGUUACAGAACGCUGGAAGAUUCUCUGCCAGCUGGUUCAUCCUCUUCAGUGAUGUGCUGGUUCAUGCACAGGGAACUAUUCCAUCAAAGAAGCUUUUCUCAUCUCUUUAUGUCUAUCCACUUGCUACACUCUGGGUGGAGCCUAUCUCAGAUGAAAGUGUGGGCCAACAUGGCCUUAAGCUGACCACACCUGAAGAUAACUUUGUUGUUCUGGCAGCAUCUCCCUUGGAAAAGGGGAAUUGGCUGAGAGCCAUUAACCAGGCCAUUGAGGACGUGCUUGCUUUAGGCCUGAACGGAAGGACACGUGUGUCUAGAGACAGCCAGAAUGGUGAACCACCUGUGUCACGCACGUCUACCUACACCUUCAGCAAAGAGGGCAGACUCAAAGAUGCCACGUAUGAAGGCCGCUGGCUGUCAGGCAAACCUUACGGCAAAGGGACUCUGAAAUGGCCAGAUGGGACGGUUUACUGUGGCACAUUCAAGAACGGCUUGGAAGAUGGAUUUGGAGAUUUUAUGACGCCCAACACAACCUUAAACAAGUUUGAGCGUUACCAAGGUCACUGGAAGGAGGGGAAAAUACAUGGCUUUGGCACAUUUUGGUAUGCUUCAGGUGAAGUGUACGAGGGCUCAUUCAGGGACAACGUGUGUCAUGGUCACGGCAUGUUACGUAGUGGAAAGUUAGCCUCUCCUUCCUCCAGUAGUGUGUUUGUGGGCCAGUGGGUUCAAGGCAAGAGAACAGGCUAUGGGGUGUAUGAUGACUUCAGCAGAGGUGAGAAAUACAUGGGAAUGUGGCUGGAUGACCAGCGUCAUGGAGUCGGAGUCGUUAUAACUCAGUUUGGAUUGUAUUAUGAAGGAUACUUCUGUAAUAACAAGAUGAUGGGCAAUGGGACUCUUCUCUGUGAUGAUGACACGGUCUUUGAGGGCGAGUUUUCAGAGGACUGGACUCUGUGCGGAAAGGGUGUUCUGUUCAUGCCUAAUGGUGACUCCUUGGAUGGGGUCUUUGACGGUCACUGGGGAGACGGUCUAAGAGUGGCAGGAACUUUUACAAAACCUUUUGAAGCUUUGAGGACAGAAAGAAAGAUACCUGUGGCUGGUCAACACGCAGUGCCUGCAGAAGACAAGUGGAAGGCAGUGUUUGAUGAGUGCUGGAGUCGAUUAGGCUGUGAAGCUCCUGGUGAAGGAGUGCCUGAAAAAGCCUGGGAGAACAUCGCCGUUGCCCUCACUGCCAGACGCAGACAACAGAGAUAUCGUCCAGAGGAGCUGAGCCGAUCUCAAACUAAGAUGCUGGAGAGUCUUGAGGUGAUUCCUCAACAUGUGGACCCUGUUACUGCUGACUCCUACAACAACAUCCGUCGGUAUCUCUUGAAGGCCUGUGAUACCCGGCAUCACCCUCUGGGCUGGCUGCUGGAGACCCUUGUGACUGUGUACAGGAUGACCUAUGUUGGUGUGGGCUCAAAUAGACGCCUUCUUCAGCAGGCAGUGGAGGAGAUCCAGUCGUACCUAACACGCAUAUUUCAAAUAGUCAGGUUUCUGUUCCCUAGUCUCCCUGAGGAUGGAGGUUUUAUUUUGGAUUCUUCCAGUUCCUCAGAAGAGGGCACAGAGUCUCUUAACAGCAGUCCACAUUCAGAGACUCCACAGCAGGGUUGGUUAGUGAGCAGCUCAAGUCUUCUCCUGCCGGUGUUGCUGCCGAGGCUUUACCCUCCUCUCUUCACCCUUUACACACUAGAGAAAGAGAGAGAGGAGGAGGUGUACUGGAGCUGUGUGUUGAGACUCAACAAGCAGCCUGAUCUUGCUCUUCUAGCUUUCCUUGGAGUACAACAAAAGUUCUGCCCAGUUUCUAUCUCUGUAUUGGGAGAGACAAAGCAGGUCUUGCCUAGUACUAAAGACGCCUGCUUUGCAACUGCUGUUGAAACCCUACAACAGAUCAGCACAGCAUUCACUCCUUCAGACAAGUUGCAGGUGAUACAGCUCACCUUUGAGGAGAUCACACAGGACAUGCAGGCUCUGCUUGGGCAAGAUUUUCUGUGGUGCAUGGAUGACCUCUUUCCAAUCUUCCUCUAUGUGGUGCUACGUGCACGGAUCAGAAACCUGGGCUCUGAAGUGAAUCUGAUAGAGGACCUUACAGACCCCACUCUACAGCUGGGACAGCUUGGAUUCAUGUUGACAACUCUCAAAGCUUGCUACAACCAGAUUCAGCUUGAGAAGACGACAUAGGAGGGCUUGGUUUGUGAGCGGUGCAGCCACAGCUUGCCAACUUGCGCAGUUUUACGGAGUAGUUGCCAUUUAAAUAGACAGAUUACAGGUCAAGUCAAGAUAUGCUUAUUUAUUUCAAGUCUCAAAAAUAAGAAAUAAGCUCACUUGUCUCUCUUAAGUACUGUUCUACAGACAUUACUUCAAUUGUUGUAACUGUUAAAACUAACAUUGACCAUCUGACUGACAGUAAAGUUACCCCUAGUAGAAACAUGUACAUUUCAACACCUACCUGGGCAGAAAAGAUACUUUUUCUAUUUUAUACAAGAUAGCAGAACAAGCACUCUGCAAAGGUUAUUACAUGCAAUUUCAGUAAUAACUGACACUUGUUACUAUAUAUUUUUAUAGGCUUUUGUACUGAUACUCAAAUAUCAGAAUUCUCACGUAUUGACAGUGACUAUACGAAUUACAUUUACCCUUUAUAGAAAUAAAGUGAUAAACUAAAACCACCCUUAUUUGUAUAAUCAACAGUAAUACAUUAAAAUAUUUUGCUAUGGAAAACCCAUACAUAUACUACUGUUUAAACAUUUGGGGUCCGUAAGUAUUUUGUAUUUUUUGUAAUGUUUUUUGACAAAAAGAAAAAAGUAUUUUACGCUUAACAGUGCACCAUGUAUGUUGAUCAACAUACAGCAAAAAAGUAAUAUUAUUUCCAUUUAAGAAAACAUUUCUGCUAUACAAAGCUGAAUUUUUAUUACUCCAGUCUUCAGUGUCACAUGAUCCUUCAGAAAUCAUUCUAAUAUGCUGAUUUGCUGCUUACAAAAUAUUUAUUAUUAUGAGUGCUGAAAACAGUAAUGCUGUUUAAUAUUUUGUGCAUACUGUUGAAGAUUUCAGUCACUUUUAAUCAAUUUAUUGCAUUGAAUAAUUGCUGAAAAAUAGUUUAAUUUCUUUCAAAAUUUCUCACUGAUCCCAAACUUUUGAGCAGUAGUGUACAAAAAUGAUCCUUCUUGAGGAACUUGGUUCAUUAUCUCUGGCUUUAGGAAAUUCACUAAAAUCAGUCCGGCUUACCCAUGAUUUCUAAGAGAGAGAUUCAAGGACAGCAUGUUCUAUUUUGAUAAUUUGCACCGUUGUAAAGCACUGGCAUCAGUUUUUAAAAAAGGUAGCUUGUUACUGCAACAUUUUUGAAAAUAGUUACUGUCACCCUGCUGAAAAAUGUAAACAAGUUCAUAGUAUCACUACUUUUAACUUGUAAUCAAUACUAAACAAAAUCCUAAAGCUGCAUCCCUAGUAAUAAGUGUAUUUUUUAAAAAAAAAAAUAUAUAUAUAUAUAUAUAUAUAUAUAUAUAUAUAUAUAUAUAUAUAUAUAUAUAUUAUAGGGUUACUGAUUUUGUUGCCAUUUUGCACUUUACACAGGUCUGCAGUGUCUUUAAAUAAAUUUGAAGUCUUGCUAAUGCGAUGUAGGUAUUAUAAACUGCAAGUAGAGAUUUUUUUACUCAAUAGUGUUACUGAAGCCCCUAAAUGUAAAGUCAAAAAACAUUGUGGAUUGUAUUUUAAAAAUUACUUGUAUAAUCCAUCUGUGUAACUUCUAAACACCAUGGAUAUUUUGAGAAGUGGUUUCUAUUUCAGCAUGACAGCAUGCUGACACAAAACUUUUUACUGUAUGAAAUUUGAUUGUUGUAAUUAUAUUAUCUAUUCUUAUCGAGCUGUACCAGAGUGAAUUUAAGAUAUUUUUUAGAACUAAAGUAAUAUUAUUAUUUUUUUUAUGCCUAUUUGUCGUUGACUGAAAAUGUGGCAUUUAACACUAUGCAAUAAGGGAAUAAAAUGUAAAUGGCAGAGCCCCUAAAAGACCUCAGCAUUUAGUACUUUGCACUGGAAAAAGUAGCAGUGACCUUCACAUUUCGCUUGUUUCACGAAUGCCUUUAUUCAUGAAUCUCUUUGUGUCUGUGUAUGUGUGUGUUUCCCUCUAAAUGCAUCUUUUGUACUUUUUAACAUGCACUGAAAGAGUUUUGCUGAUGUCUCACAGCCUUGUUGUAAGAUCUGUUUGGAGGAUGUGCAUUUUUAAUGACUGAUUGUAAAACCAAAACGUAGAGGACGGCUCUGAGUAUAUAUACAGUAUAUUACUUGCUAAUAAGAAAUUAAACAUUAACUUCACAGAAUAAUUUUAUACAUUUUUAAAAUCAAGCCAAUUAUUUUCUAGUGCCAUUAUUGUCUAAUUAUAUUAUUGUCUGAUUAAUCAUCGUCCCAGUGUUUCAUUUUGUCACUAGUUAGGUCAUUGUCUAAGGAUUGCUUAUGAAGAUCAAAAAGACCUUCUUUAACUGCACCUUUACUGUUAAAUAUAAAGGCUGAUUUUAUUUCGUUAUUUUUUCAGAAGGUUACUGUUUUUUUUGUUUUUGUUUUGAUAAAUUACGGUCAUUGUUGAUCUAAAGGCACUGUCAUCUUGAAAAUGACAGACAAAUGAACACAGUUUGACAACACAGUUUGUAAUUGAAAUCAUAUGAAAAAGCAAUGAUUGAACUGUUUUGUAAACAAUUUUCUGGCAGACUACUUUCAUUAUUUUAAUAAAAAUGGGGAGAAAACCCGUA